CUGAAGAUGGUUUAGAACCCUGUGAUGUCACACAUGCUUGUGAUGAUGUCACCGUAAGCUGUACAAGGAGGUGCGCGCCGGCUGCAGUCUCUUCAGUGUGUUUUGCAUUCACAACCUGUGGUGCAAAGUGUUUUGUUAGAGAGUUUCUAUUUGCGAUAGAGAAUUCAAGAUUUUGACCGUUCCUUGUCUGAAGAGAGAACCACAAGUGUUUUCAGGCUCUGACCUGUGACCAUGGCCUCUCCACAAGACCCAUUGCUGAAGGAGGAGGAAGAAGCAAUGGAGGACCAUAGUGAUAUGGAUGUAGAAAAGGGCGAUAUCCCUGAGAGGCAGAACCUGCCAUCUCUAAGCGUGAUGUCCACCGCACGUUCCAUCAUCACCGUAGUGAUCCUCGCCUUUGUUAAUUUGCUCAUCUAUGCAAAUCGCUCCAGCGUGGCGGGGGUGCUGCCUUAUAUACAGAAAGCAUAUGACACCAAUGCUAGUCUGUCCGGCUUAUUGAAUACAUUGUUCAUUGGAAGCUAUGUGCUGGUCGCACCAAUUGCCGGAUAUUUGGGCGACCACUGUAAUAAGAAAUAUACUGUUUGCGCAGGAGUCAUCGUUUGGCUGAGCAUGACACUUACCCUGUCAUUCAUCCCCGACGGGUACUUCCUGCUCUUCCUGCUGACGAGUGGACUGGUUGGGGCCGGAGAGGCGACUUUCUGCACCAUCUCCCCCUCCAUCAUUGCAGACCUUUUUACAAGUGACCAGCGGACCCGCAUGCUGAACGUGUUUUACUCCGUCAUACCUGUAGGCUGCGGACUAGGAUACAUCAUCGGGCCCAAAGUGACUGAUGCAGCAAGGGGUGAUUGGCACUGGGCAUUUCGGGUCACCCCUGGCCUGGGCCUCAUAGCUGUGGCUUUGAUGAUUUUGGUCACAAAGGAGCUUCCAAGAACGACUACAAACGGGAAGAAGAACAACAAAUCCCAGAAGUUUGCCAAAUGGGCGACAGAUCUGAAAAAACUAUUUAAAAAUCGAAGCUUCAUGUUAACCACCAUGGGAUCGACGGCUGUAUCUUUCAUAGUGGGAGCCAUAGGUGUAUGGGGUCCGUCAUACCUGACCCACGCACGAACACUCCUACAAGAGAAGGACCCUUGCCGUGCUGAACCGUGUGACUAUCACGACAUCCUAAUAUUUGGUGUGGUUACAGUAGUUUCCGGCAUUCUGGGAGUUGUAGCAGGGACGGAGAUAAGUAAAAGAUAUCGCAAAUCCAAUCCACGGGCGGACCCGCUUGUGUGUGGAUGCGCGAUGAUGCUCUCCGCCCCUUUUCUUCUGUUGGCAUUGACUUUUGGCAACAUCAGCCUCGUUGCCACCAACACCUUUAUCUUCAUCGGAGAGACGCUUCUGUCAGUAAAUUUCACCCUCAUAUCUGACAUUAUACUAAAAGUAGUAACUCCGUGGAGGAGAUCUUCAGCCCUGGCCAUGCAGAUGACAAUCUAUCACCUCCUAGGUGACGCCGGCAGCCCGUACCUCAUCGGCCUGAUAUCUGACACCUACGAACGAGGAUAUGCCAAAUCCCCUCUUCUGAAAUACCGCAGCCUGGAGUAUGCCCUCAUGACCUGCACCAUAAUGGCAGUCAUCGGAGGGGCCUUCUUCAUGGCCACGGCCCUAUAUAUAGAGAGGGACGAAAAAGAAGCAGAGAUGGAAUCAGAACCUCCGUCAUCCUCCUCCUCCUCACUGCUCCCUGCCGAUGAGGACCGCGCUUCAGACUGAGGAAAAGUCAUUGCUUACCUUUAUCUCGUUUACUUCAUAAAAAAAAA